AUGGCCCCUCGACUUGCCUACAAAACCACGAACACCGAUGGACAUACCUGCUACUGGUAUUACAAGCGUCAGCCGCCGUAUAAGCGACCUCAGCGCACGCCCGAGGACCGUCAACAGCUCUUGGAUUUGCUCUUUCCGAUGCCGCCGGCACUCGAUUCUGACUGGCGCGCCUCGUGCCGCCACGAUGAAUCCGAGUAUGAACGUUGCGAAGCUAUUGAGCAACUGCGGCACCAACUCAAGCGACGUGUGUAUACAGCUUGCUUCUCCGCGCCUUCCGGUCGCCCAGAGGACGAUCCUUGCGAUCCCAUCCUCGACUACACGUACCUGAAGCGCAAGCUGGAUCUCGUGAGCCUUUACAUGUCGCGCGGUGGUCGCCACUGCCCUGGCGAUUAUAUCUGGGAGAGCCUUCCCCCGUUCACUUGGGCCGCCGAAGACGCCCUGCAUGCCCAACUCGCACAGCAGGAUGUUCACAUGCAGAAUUUCGUGGCUCAGGGAGGCGAUCCCCAGCCAGAGGUCUAUCUGGGCUGGGUAGAUGACGACGAGGGUGUCGAGGAGGCGACGUAA